GCCUGAGAAGCCCCCAAUUCGCUCUCCAUUCUUCCCAGGAUAUUCCGGUCUUCAGGUUUCCGGGUUGGCGGGCCACAGGCUGGGAUCUGGAGACCUCCAUGCCUGAAGGGGGCGCCUACCGCAGCGGAGCAACCUACUCCCUGGCAGGGCCAGGGCUGCGUAGUCAUGAUCACCAACGAGUCCGCGGCAGAGUCCGUGGUCCCCACUGUGCCCAAACCUGCGGCAGCCUCAGAAACCCCGGAGCUCGAGGAGCCGGCGUGGCCCUGGAAAGAUGCCCCGAUCCGGGCGCUGGUGCAGCGCAUCCUCCAGUUGCAGGCUGAGCGCGCACAGGCCUUCCGCUGGCUAGAGGAAAAUCAGUGUCUUCCACACUCGGGUCCAGGGACACUUCCUGGGGGGCUUUCAGGUGGCCGAUGCGGGUACAGAGCCUGGGGACGUAGACUCAGGACUCCCACCUGCCGCAGAGGCCACCGCCAGUACCUGCGCAGCGGCCCGCCCUACGACUUCCCGCGCUACCGGAGCAAAGUGCACGAGGUGACCCAGGCCUUCGCCGCCGUUUCGCGGGAGGUGCUGGCGGUGGAGGCCGAGCUGGCCGGGCCCCGAGCGCAGCCGCUGCUCGCGGGCCAUGUGCGCAGCCUGCAGCAGCUGGAACAGACACGCCUGGCCACGGUGGCCCUGCUGCAACUGAUGAGGGUGCCAGAACUAACAGGGCAGGAGGACACCCUCCAGAUGCACCAGCUGAAAAUGAAGGUAAUUAAAACCAUGGAGGCCAUCAGUGAGGUUCUCCAGGACCUCAGGUUUGAUGCAGAAUCUGUCGAGUGAUCAUGGCUCCUCAGAGACGCACUGAAGGGAGAUGGAAAAUGGGGCAGGUGGCACCCAGAUCAACUCUGAUUGCCAGCUGGCCAGGGUUGCACCCCGCUGGGCUGUUGACCCUCCCUGAGGUUGCCACAUCUCCCACAAUAAAGAAGCAUUUGUCUGCA